AUGAUUGGAAAAUAUUUAUUAUCAUUAUUUUAUUAUAAUGAUAUUAUUUUAGAUAAAAUAAAUUUGAGUAAGUUAGAAUAUUCAGAAUCUGCUAGAAAAGGUAAUCCAAUAGCUCAAUAUAAUUUAGGGUAUUGUUAUCAAUAUGGUAAAAGAGUAGCUAAAGAUUAUAAUAAAGCAUUUAUAUGGUAUUCUAAAUCAGCUAAUAAUGAUUAUGCAUUGGGACAAAAUAAUUUAGGAGAAUGUUAUGAGAAAGGAAUUGGUACUGAUAAAGAUUUUGAAAAAGCAUUUGAAUGGUAUUCCAAAUCAGCUGAAAAUGGGAGUGCUGAAGGUCAAAAGAAUUUAGGAAAUUGUUAUUAUUACGGAAGAGGAGUAACAAAAGAUUAUAAUAAAGCAUUCGAAUUGUAUUCCAAAUCAGCUAAUAGUGGAUAUGCUUUAGGUCAAAAUAAUUUGGCUCGUUGUUAUGAGAUUGGAAUUGGAAUAGAUAAAGAUCUUAAUAAAGCAUUUGAAUUAUAUUUUAAAUCAGCUAAUUGUAAAUGUGCUAUAGGUCAAUAUAAUUUAGGUGUUUGCUAUGAGAAUGGAAUUGGAACUAAUAAAGAUAAUAGUGAAGCAUUUAAAUGGUAUUUUAAAUCAGCAAAUGAAGGAUAUAGUCUUGGUCAAUAUAGAUUAGGUAUUUGUUAUAAUUAUGGUAUAGGUACUAGCAUAAAUAUUAAAGAAGCAGCUAUUUGUAAAUUAGAAUAUUCAGAAUCUGCUAGAAAAGGUGAUCCAAUAGCUCAAUAUAAUUUAGGAUAUUGUUAUCAAUAUGGUAAAAGAGUAGCUAAGGAUUAUAAUAAAGCAUUUAUAUGGUAUUCUAAAUCAGCUAAUAAUGAUUAUGCAUUGGGACAAAAUAAUUUAGGAGAAUGUUAUGAGAAAGGAAUUGGUACUGAUAAAGAUUAUGAGAAAGCAUUUGAAUGGUAUUUCAAAUCAGCUGAAAAUGGGAGUGCUGAAGGUCAAAAGAAUUUAGGAAAUUGUUAUUAUUACGAAAGAGGAGUAACAAAAGAUUAUGAGGAAGCAUUUAAAUUAUAUUCCAAAUCAGCUAAUGAUGGGUGUGCUGAAGGUCAAAAGAAUUUAGGAAAUUGCUAUUAUUAUGGAAGAGGAAUAACACAAGAUUACGAGAAGGCAUUUGAAUUGUAUUCUAAAUCAUCUGAAAAUGGAAAUGCUUUAGCUCAGCAUAAUUUAGGUUGUUGCUACAUACAUGGUAAUGGAGUGGUAAAAGAUUAUAAUAAAGCAAUUGAGUUGUAUUCUAAGUCAGCUAAUAAUGGAUGUAGUGAAGGUCAAUGUAGUUUAGCAUAUUGUUAUGAAUGUGGCGAAGGGGUUGAGAAAGAUUAUUACAAAGCGUUUGAAUGGUAUUCUAAAGCAGCCAACAAUGGAUGUAGUAUAAGUCAAUGUAGUUUGGGAAAUUUCUAUUAUGAUGGACUUGGAACAGAUAAAGAUGAUAAUAAAGCAUUUGAAUGGUAUUUUAAAUCAGCAAAUGAAGGAUACAAUAUUGGGCAAUAUAGACUAGGUAUUUGUUAUCAUUAUGGUAUAGGUACUAGCAUAAAUAUUGAAGAAGCAGUUAUUUGGUAUAAAAGGGCCUCAGAUAAUGGAUAUAUGAAUGCAAAUAUUGAGCUAGAUAAAAUCAAUGAAUUAGUGGCAUAA